AUGCUGCUGCUUGACAAGCUGCUCUCGCCGACCUUGCGUCCCUCGUCGCCUCGCUUCUUUAUCUCAAGCCUCAGAACCGCCUCACGCGUCAACGGCGUGCAGCGGACGCAACUGCUGGCUGUCCCCGCUCGAUACGACCAGCACCUUACACACGCUCGGGGGACGCUCAACCCGACAAGCGCAGUCAAGCCCGUCUGGGCGGCGGCCCGCCUCGCGCACUUCUCUACCUUCCCCUUCCCAGUCCGCCAGAUCCGCACAGUGACGCCGCUGUGUGCAAAGAAGGGCUUUGCGGUGCAUACCAAGGAGCCGAUACACGUCAUGGGCAGAGCAGACUUGCAACGCACUGUCCGCCUCGCCGUCGAGACCGCUUUCGCACCUGUCGAAGCGCGACUUCAGGCGCGACUCGACUCGCACGACAGGCAGCUUGAGGAGCAAGACCAGCAAAUGAAGGAGGUGCAAGACGCAAUUUGGAUGCCUGAGCACUACCUUGUAUCAGGCAAAGUUCUGGCGCUCGUCGUCCUCAAGCGCGCCCUCAAGACGGAGGUGUUGUUGCAGUCGAGCUACGACCAGCUCGUCAAGCGCGUCAAGCGCCGUCCGUUGACAAAGUUCCCGCUCAAGCUUCCCAAGUCUGCUUCUCCCGCCGAAAACACGAGAUUCAAGACGUUCCGGCUUGGGGUCGACACUGCCAACAUGAUUGCGGCAGCGGAAGCGCUUGCAACCCGACCUCCAGGCCUCUCCCGCUGCAGCAACCGCUUUGCUCAUCUUUUGCUUGGCCCGGCGACGCUCAAGGCCACGGUCAAAAGGGGCUUGUUGGCGGCAGGACUUGUGGCGGACAAGGCGGAGACCGCCGCUGAGGAAGCCAAGCAGGUCUACUUGCAGGAGGCACGCAUUUCAGAAGAUGCGUGA